AUACGCGUGAUAUCCCUGAACCGGAAAGUCAAGAAUGAAAUCGUCUCUGACUCUCUAGUAAAGUACCAAACGAAUCCACCUUUGCUUUCAGAGAAAGAAAGGAACCUCACCGAAACCCUAAUCCCAAUUCUCAACAGAGAGAGAUCAGCUUAACGAUCAAUCGAGCAAUUCGAGCAAUUCGUCGCGAUGGGAAACACAGAGAGGUUGAUGAACCAGAUCAUGGAGCUCAAAUUCACUGCCAAGAGCCUCCAACGCCAAUCUCGCAAGUGCGAGAAAGAGGAGAAAUCUGAGAAACUCAAGGUCAAGAAAGCGAUCGAGAAGGGCAACAUGGACGGCGCAAGAAUCUACGCAGAGAACGCGAUCCGCAAGCGCAACGAACAGAUGAACUAUCUCCGUUUAGCUUCUCGACUCGAAGCCGUCGUUGCCCGCCUUGACACCCAGGCUAAGAUGCAAACAAUCAGUAAGUCCAUGUCCUCGAUCGUUAAAUCCCUAGAAUCCACUCUCGCUACUGGGAAUCUGCAGAAGAUGUCGGAGACGAUGGACCAGUUCGAGAAACAGUUUGUGAACAUGGAGGUUCAGGCGGAGUUUAUGGAGAGUUCUAUGGCUGGAAGCACUUCUUUGUCGACCCCUGAAGGGGACGUCAACAGCUUGAUGCAGCAAGUCGCUGAUGAUUACGGUUUGGAGGUUUCUGUUGGGCUUCCUCAGGCUGCUGGUCAUAUUCCGGCCAAGGUGGACGAGAAGGUCGAUGAGGAUGAUCUUUCGAGGCGCUUGGCUGAUCUGAAGGCCAGAGGUUAACGAAAUUGGUAGACUUCCCCGUGGUUAAUUCUCUGUUCUUACCCUCCCUGCAUAAUGUGUGGAGUUAACUUAUGAAUCAGAUACUUUGAUCGUCAUGGGCUUGUAUUUACAAUGUCCAUCUGUGGAAGAAUGCAUACAUGGUAUAUGUAAAUAAACGAAUUUGACCUAUAAACGGAUUUCUUCUUUGCCUAUAUUAUUUGUUGGGAAGAUUCGUGGCUAA